AUGGCAUCAACGGACUCAAAGAUAUCGUGCAUCGCCUUCGGAUUCACAAUCGGAUUCGGAUACCUGACGGCGUGGGACGCAUGGAAGAUCACCGCAAAGCACCGCAGUCCGCUGCGGAGCUUGUUCGUUUGGAUGGUGUGGUGCGAGAUAGUUGUAAACCUUGCUAUAGCUAUCUUCGCCUUCCUUUUCCUUGAGGGUCAUAUCAAGCCCAGCGUUACUACGUUCUUUUUCAUGCUUUUCUUAUGGGUCUUCCAGAUCCAAUUCAUCCUUCAAAUCAUCGUGAAUCGGGUUGCUAUCAUCAGUAUGGAAAGACGGAAGAUGUCUUUAAUCAGAUGGGGCACAGUAGCAGCUAUUACUUUGAUACAGAUAUCGGUAUUUUGCAUCUUUAUUCCUGCGAACAUGCAGGUUUCGCAAACAUACGUCAAAGUAAACAACAUCUGGGAUAAGAUUACGAAGUUCCUCAUUCUGUUCAUUGACUGCGGACUCAACUACUACUUCGUCACACAAGUUAAGAGCCGCCUCGUGCGAAACGGACUGCAAAAAUACAACGCUCUCGUUCAGUUCAACAUGCGCAUCAUCGUCAUCUCUAUUGGCAUGGACUUCUUACUCAUCGGCACAAUGUUCCUGAAGAACGGCGCUGUGUUCAUGCAGUUCCACCCUGUGGUCUACAUCGUCAAGCUGAAAAUCGAGCUCUCCAUGACCAACCUUAUUACCAAGAUUGCGCAAGAGUCAGUCCAAGAACGGAUGGCUACCAGUUCCACCAAUAAGCGCAUGACGUUUGGGGACGAACGUGCGCAUACGCGCAGCAUCCAUCUCAACAGCCACCUCGGCAGCAAAGGCAACAGCAAGUCGAUCUUCCCCGAUAGCAUCAACACUAAGGAUCACGGUGCUGUUGUCACGCUUUCGGGUGCCCGCCCGGCACAUCAUUAUGACCAUCCCGACAUCAAAACACCUGGGCUCUCAACCCGUGUAUCCACCGACAAAGCUCUUCCUGUUUUCCCAACAAACGCCGACAGCAACAAGAUACAUGUCAGAACACACCUCACUCAUGAUACGACUGACCGUUUGUCGGACCGCUCGGACGCGACGCGGGAAAGCAGCAGGGGAAAUGUUGAAGACUUCGAUGCCCAUAAUGAUAGGGAUGAUAGGGAGAUACUCUCGUGGAGGUAG